AUGUCGCUGGUUCACGCGCAAGCCCUACUUGGUAUUGUGAGAAUCUCGUACUCGUAGUCGUACUCUUCUCAGAAUCCAAAGCUCUCUAAUAUUCUAUUAUUUUCUUUUUUACGUAGACCCUCCAGUCGUAACACACAUUUCUAACAACCAGAUACUGAAUGCAGGCUCCAGUGAGAUUCUCAACUGCUCAGCAGAUGGUAAUCCACCUCCAGUAAUCAGCUGGACAAGGGUUUCGGAUAACAGUGCUGUCAUUUUUCCUUUGACCGAUAUUGGACAAUUGGAUGAAGGAGCCUACAGAUGCACUGCUUAUAAUGGUGUUGGAAGUGUUGUUACUAGAGAUUCGUCCGUAUUUGUACAUUGUGAGUCCUCUUUGCACUUCUUUGACACUAAUACGUCUUUAUAAAUUUUAUACAUUACGCAUGUGGGCUAGUUUACAGAAGACUAGAAGGGUUUUUUCUGCAUUACGGGAGGAAAACAAUUUUGCCUUACCUUUAAUACAUGUACACUUACAUGUGUAUUUGGGUAGCGUUAGCAAAAUUCCAUUAGAGAUCUUACUGUAUAGCUAAGAAACAUCACACUUUUAGUUCACUUUGUAUUUUGUUUUUGAACGUAUCUGUUCAGUCGGCGUCUUGCCGUACAGCUCAGUCCAAAGUGGCUGCCACACUUGGCUCUGUAUUUUUCUCGUUAAGUUGCCGUCCGAUCGAAUUGUUUUUACCUUAUAUUCUACAGAAAUUAUAGGAAAGCGGGGCCAGUGUACACGAAAAUAGAUAAGAGUUAAGAGUUCAUUGUAAGGGAAACCUCAACUCCUACCUUACAGUUAUUUUCGGUUAUCAAUUUUUAGUUCCUCCAUCAAUCGAACCUUUGGAAGAAAGAAAAGUUGUCAUUAGAGGGGAAUCUCUUACUUUAUUUUGCAAUGUCUCUGGGAAGCCAGCACCAGUUGUCUUUUGGACGCACGUUGAAAGUAACGACAAGUUAAGCAAUAGCAAAUGGGAAAUAAAGUUUGCUACAGAAAGGGAUGUUGGAAGAUAUCGGUGUAAUGCAACUAAUAUCUACGGACAUGCCAGUGACACCAUCGAGAUCUUAUUGUUACGUAACUGCAUGCCUGAUUGUAAAGUCACGUAACUAUGCGUAACAACUUUCUUAUGGAAGAGGUUUGUUAUUACUUACGAUCCUUUGGAAUUUCCUAACGAUGGUUGUGAUAAUUAUUAUGGUAGCCGUUUAAACUUGAUGGUAACAGUUCUUUCCGAGAAGGAUUCGUCCUUUGACAAAUCUGCAGGUCCCAGUAUCAAUGCUAUAAUCUUAAGGUAAAUACCUGGCCUACAAAGGGUUUGUUUCAUUCAGCAAAUCUAUUCUUCGUAACUUUACCAUUUUGCCAUCAAUCGUGUAACUCCAACAUGCUACAUAAAACCCACACACGGCCCGCAAUCACCUGAUUCGCAAUUAAAUGUUAGGGUUAACGUUCGAAACAAACGCCAUCUUUUCAAUUUUUCUACACUCUGGAAGAAAAAAUAAUAAGAAUUAAAUAAUUAACCAAAAUUUUGCCUUUCAUUCGCUUACUGUUAGCAUACCACGGUUUCGUAAGAAAAAACAUUUUUUUUUAUCUAGUUUUACGUUAGCUGCUGUGGUUAAUUCUUUUAAGAACCAUCUUGCAAAAUCUUUAAAAAUUAUACGUUAUAUACUUCUUUUUAGACGUUUUCAGAGCAUUUUCUCUGUAUAACUUUAUUUGCCGCGUUUUUAAAGUGAUUUCAUAUUUGGAUGUUACAAAUAGGAUCAAUAUAAAUUGAUAUGUUUUUUUUGCUUUGUUUUUUUAAGAGACUGCCACACCUUUUUCAACAACAGUUUCAUCUAAUACUGGAAUGCUUAACAAAGAUGCAAUAUAUGGACCGGUCAUUGGAAUAAUGGGAUUGAUGGUUAUUUCAGCUUUAAUAUACUUGGUAAUGAAGUACCAGAGACGUAAGUAACAUGAAUCAUUUUCAUUUCUCAUCUGAUUUGGAAUGCAAAACAAGUUUUCAAUGCAUUUUAGACAUCAAACUCAAUACAUUAGGUAACCCAAUCAUCUUUGUUUCCUUCGAGUGUCACAAAUCUUCCCAACUCAACAUGGACUUCUGCAAGCCUUUUCUACUAGGCUCUACGUUUCCUUUAUUAUUUUCUUUCAGUAUGUGACAACACACCUCCCAAACAUUUGCCUAGGUUAAGUAUUAAACCUAACACUCCAAUAGUUUGGUUACUAGUGGCUUCCACGUGGCAAUGAGAAAUUUGUAAACAUCUAUUUUUUUUCGUUCUUGAAAUUAGGUCAUCGAGCUGAUAGGUAAGUUGCAAACGCCACGUAAUGUCUAUAUGACUUUUUAUACUUGUAUUAUAUCUAGUAAACAAUGUAGAGUAAACGUCACUGCUUCUAUCUGAUAAGAUGUUUUAUUUACUUAGACAAUAUGAUAGUCAAAAGGAAUUACACAGAUCUCACUUGGUAAGUACUAAAACUGGGGAGACAGGCUGAGGCCUCAGGAUAAAUAACUAAGCAUAUUCAUACCCAUUAGUUCAUUUUAUCGAAAAAGCUAUUGAAUCCUCUGUGGUUGGCGAUAAUUUUUCAAAAAUAUCUGCAAGGUAUUAUGUCAAUUAACAGAACCAAGGUUUCCAAAAUGAAAGCGGGAACAAUGGAGAGCGUGAAAUUCCGGGUCCAAGACACUACAUGGAGUUGGGAGAAGUUACAGAGUUCCCUGGAGAACCAGCAGAAACAGGAACAGAGGCAUCACCUUAUUUGGAGAUUAAUGAAUAUGCUCCAUUGCAUCCAGCAACUCGAUCCUGGGAAGUUCCAAGAGAAAACGUCACCAUUAAAAAAGUGAUUGGAAAAGGUGCAUUUGGACAGGCUGCUCAAGGAACAGCCUCAGAGCUGCGAGGGAGAGAUGGAACGACAAGAGUGGCCAUUAAGAUGUUGAAAGGUACCCUUUCCGGCUAAGACUGUGUUAUGUUUUCCUUUUCAUGGCAUGUGUCUUUAAAGAAGAUCCGGUUGCAGAAGGGGCAUACCUAGGACACCGAACAACUGUACGAUAACGACAACAAAUAUAUAACAUGGUGUUGACCCGCAACACAGGCACAGAUAAAAUAGUAAUUUAUAUUAAUUACAUCAUAUACAUGUAAGUUAAAAGAAGGUUGGAACAGAAAAAAGUAAGAAUAAAAUUAUACUUUUAUAUUAAACGAAAUUAAAUGGCAUUUUCAACAAUAGUGGCAAUAGUGGCUAGGUUUUUUAACCUUUGUAAACGAAAGAGGAGAAUAAUAUCUACAUUAUUAAGAAGUAAAUUGAGAUGCAUUUAUAUUACUGUUACUGUUAUCAUUGAGGCUAAAAAGAUCGCCGGAGAUCAUAAAAGCUAGUGAGUCUAUCAAGAUAUAUCUUACUUAGUAAAUAGGGGUUAAGGAGAUGGUUAGAGACAUUUACUAACACGUCCGUAUUUCCACUUGCACUAGAGUUCGUCCGCACCACUAGGAAAGCAAAAUAGCGAGCAAACGCGCAGAAAAUCCCGGAGUAAAAAGAAUUUUAACAUACCGUUUUAGGAGUCAUUUCGUCUUUUUAGGCUAUCACUAAGAAUUAGACAUUUCCGUGAAGAUAUAUACAAUUAGGAGACGAAUUGAACAGCUUGUACUGGAGGUUCGUUUGGGUCUAUUUUCUUCAUGUUUCCCAUGAAAGAACCCAGGCUGAGUUCAUGCUUGUACUGUAGUACCUAGAGAAAACCCUGUCCUCUUGCUAAUGAUAACCCUGUCUGGUUAAAAUGGGAGUUACCCUUUACGAUUUUCCUUAGCGCGUCUUAAACUUGCAGAUAACGCCCGCGAGACUGACAGAGAGGAUUUGAUGUCAGAACUUGAAGUGAUGAAGAAACUUAAACCUCACCCACACGUUAUAAAGCUGAUGGGAUGUGUUACUGAAAGCGGUAACAAUAUUUACAUAAUCAUGUAACGUGAUGGUUUUAAUUUCAAAAUAAUCCUUCGGUAAAAAAUGCUACGAUGUAUUCGCUGAUUACCUUUGACAUCUAAAGAUAAACACUUUUAACGCCAUUGACGCGCCCAAAAAGUCCACUUGACACGAAAUUAAAUUUUCCCUCUGUUUUAGUUGUAGGUGUAAAAAAAUCUACCCAGUCUUUAAACCUGCUGAUGUUUCUGGAGUCACUUUUUGGACUUUGAAAUAUACGUGUUUAUCUUACAAAAUGUACCCCGGCAUCGCACAGCCAAACAUAUACAAUGCUAACAAGUGAUACACCCGUGGCGUUCAAUAAAUUCCUGCAUUCUGUGGGUCAGAUUUGUGUAGUGACGCCGUUCAGGGUUGACUUUACUGAGCCAAAACUAGAACUCGUCUUCAUACCCAGCACAGCGAUAGGAGGGCUAUCUUAAACAAUGCAGCAUGAAGACACCUGCUCCAAAACUUUAAAAUUAAUUAGAUUCCUAUAAACUGUUCGAGCCAUAAGCAUUUCUGGAUACCGGUUUCGCGCAUUGUGAUUGGUUGAAGUCAAAACCAAAACAAAAUAAACUUGGCCGAAGAAUACUGGAAAUGAGUAGAGGCUGGAUAUUUUUUGAUUACAGCCAUUUGCGGCAAUCGGCCGAAACAAAAUUCAGUAAUAAACAUUGCAUGGAAAGACAGAAAAAAAUAAGUCAUUUAUUGGAAAAAUUAAGCAUACAAGUCUUGACAUUACCCCACUCUGAAAGAGUGAGGCGGAAACCUUCCAGUACAAAUUCAACAUUUGCACGUCUUUGUCUUUGAACCGCCGAGCCAUAGAAAAUGCCCCGGGCGGGGGGGGGGGGUCCCCUCUUAAAAAGGGCUAUGGGGGUGGGGCCGCGGGGUGGGGUGCAUUUUUCCCAACAUAGGGGUUUUUAAUUGGGGGGAUUUUUAAAUAAGGUAUCUGCAAGGGGGCGCCAAAUGUUGGGUUUUUUGGGGGAGUGGAGGUUUAAAAAUGGGAAGAUUCUCGGUUUAAAAAAAAAAUCAGAAAGUUGUUGUUUAUUAAAUUUAACAAUAGGCUCGCAUUGACCGCAUUACAUUCGGCCGCUUGGAACCACAUUGAUAAGGUAGCUAGAUGUAUAAAUAGAAAGUGACUCAGUUGGGAUCGCGAAAAUUACAUUUUCCAAAAAAUGACGGUCUAUAAUGGGGUAGGCGCUCUGAGAGGCCAGCGACACAUACCCAGCAAACAUUAUCCCAAGUACAACCCCCACCUCCCGGGAGAAAAUGCUGCAAACCGCAUCGCACCAGAGAUCAAAUCCUGUAUUUAAAGGAAAAAAAAAAAAAAGAAAAUAGGUCAGCCUCUUGACUUCUCAACGUGACACCAGCGGCAAAAUAGGAUUUUCUACCCGCCAGAAAGAAGAGAACCGGAGAAAGUGACAUUUUUUAUUAUGAGGUAAAAGUCGUUCAGUCAUACAGACCCCGCCGUUUUAUACCGUGUUAAUUCGGGUCAGUAAAUCACUAUACGGGAAAAAUUCAGCACCCUGGAAACAACACGUGACAAGGCAUAGCAGGAAAUCAAGGCCAAUUCCUGUCCGAAACAAAGAGCAUAGGAAACGACCUCUAAAUGUGAGGCAAACAGCGAUGAUCCCGGCAAUGAUAAGAUUUGCUUAGUUAAAGUUUGUAAUCCUCUACAGUUUCAUCUGCCCGCUAGGAAGAGGAUUAUCAGAACAUGACACGUCACUAUCCUGUUCCACAUCUUAUUUUUCCCACGAAGACGACAAACUGUAAUGUUUUUAUUUUUUCAUGCCUGGAAUCUCAACGACACGAACGUACAUAAGCUUAUACACGUGUUAUAAAUGCAAUUUCAAAACUGCGGAAUAUCAGGCCACGUCAUCUGGAUUUUAAGUUCAAAAAAUAACAAAAAUUUGCAAUGCCUUGCAACACAAACAGUUCUAAAUUAAAGAUUACAAAAGUCUUCGACAGCUCUGAACAAAGGAAGGCAGCGCCUAGUUUGUUACCUAACUAGACUUUCAACGUCCGAGCACUCGAAAUAAGUCUUGGGCACUCGACAGGAAUUUCGACAAAUCGGAAGCAAAUUUAUUCUAGUUUUAUAAAAUAUUUUUUGUAGGAACCAAAACAAAAAUGAAAAAAAAUGCUACAUACCUGAAAACAUUAACUUAAGAGAGGCAACUCCUCAAUCGGCGACCUCACAGAUGCCCCGGCUCAACUUUUCCACUGAAUUUCUCCUUGCAAUCACAGCCGAAACUGUCACCUACAUGCAUUCGCUUGUUGUAUUUAGUCACUCUUUGCCUUUAAUUUCGCAAAGUUUCAAGGAAAAUAACUGAGGACUAAAUCCGCAAAGGCUCAAAUAAGAGUAGUAAAAGACGAGGCCGGGACCAGAAGCCAUUUUUGAUGACGUCAGCAAUAUCCAGAAAGGGUUAUGACCUGGACUGAUAAAGAGGUUUAGUACCCUUGAGGGACUUAUUAGAUCAGGAGCCAGUCUGAUAUAUAUGAAUUUAAGUUUCUAGUUUCUUAUAUCAUUGUAUGGCCUUUUUUCACAGAUCCGAUACUUGUUAUCAUUGAACAUGUCCCGUAUGGUGAUCUCCUGGGGUACCUUAGAAGGAGCCGUGGGCUGAACGAUACAUAUUUUAAGGACCCGGAUGUUAAGCCUCAAACAAGUCUGACGUCACAGCAGCUGAUGAAGUUCUCUUGGCAUGUGGCUGAAGGAAUGAGAUAUUUGUCUUCCAAAAAUGUUAGUUUUAAUUUCUUCCGCAGAAACCUUCAUAAUAGGGUAUUUCUGAAUGCUUCGUGUAUUAUGCUGAACAAAUGAUACUAAUUGCAAUGAAUUGUGGGACCUCGGAAAUAUCAAGUAUGCGGUUUCAGCGUAUCCGGAUUCGUGUAGACGUGGCUGCCACACGAAUCCGGAUAUUUUUGAAACUGCAUAGUCUUUUACACAAAUCAACCUUUCGUCAACAUGAAACCAGUAAAUCCGGCCACUGAAACCGCAUUAUUUUGAAACCGCUCUCCAGAGUUUGAGACCCCUUCCACACGAAUCCGGACAAAAAAUAUGCAGUUGAGUAAUUGACGUAGUUGAUUAACACGUUGGCAAGUUGAAAAUACAUGUAGUGCAUGUCGAGAAUUGCGAACUAGAAGAUAUUUAAAAUGUUUGCUGCAGUGAUUAAAUAAAUAUUGUUUAUUGUUUGUUCUAGAUAAUUCAUCGAGACCUUGCCGCUCGCAAUGUUUUGGUUGGGGAGCAAGAAGUAUGCAAGGUUACCGACUUCGGAAUGGCGAUAGAUGUAAAUCAGGAAAAUAUUUACCAGAAGAAGAGCAAGGUUUGUGGAAUAUCUUGUCAAAAAGUAAUUCUCCUUGGACAUAUCUGUCAUUUAACUGUUUAAUGUUCCGAUAACUGCAGGUAGGAUCGGGAGUUGCUUCACUCGAGUUCAGUAAUCUCAUCAACGACAAUAACACUGACACCUUUCAAAUGCUUUAUAAAAAAAACUGGAAAUGUUAGAAAACUAGAACCGCUGUUUUCCUGUUGACUGUUGACUUUCUAACUCAAGCUUACUCCGCUUCCAAGAAAAGGAAUAUGUCGACAUGUCAUGUGAAUCUCAAAUGGUGAAUUGGUUUGUUUUGCUUCUUAUUAUGCAUUAUUAUUCAUUCAAAAUAUUUCCCCGAUUCUGAUUGGGUAAAAACACGCAUAAUUAACCAUAACCAGUUGCUGAUGACCAAAUUUAAAAGAAUUUUGUGUUUAACGAGAAAAUGACGUCAAAAAUGCAGCGUCCUUCCAGGUUAAUGCAACGUUAACCGAGAAGACCUGGGGACGAGGUUGAGUGGUUUUGGUUGUAAAAACAAAAAAUGACGGACAUCUCACUCGUUUCAAGAGUAAGAACUAGGAGAAAUUAUAGCUAAAAACAUGGCAAGAACAGCAACUCGAAGGGCGACAUCUGCUGUUUGGAGAAUAUUUGCGGAGCUGAACAACCCUAAACGUGCACUAUCGAAGGUGAACUUAAUAUCGAUGGAGGUAAGCAUGUUUUAGCUUUGUUUUUAAACUAAAAAUUAUUUUGAAUGAAUAAUAAAACAAUUAUUGAAUUCGGCUUUCGUAUCAUAUGAAGAAUUAUGGAGAUCUCGGAGGUUGUUAUCCGACCCGGGUACGGCCUCGACGGAUAACACCCUCCUCGAUCUCCAUAAUUCUUCAUACGAUACUCAGUCUCAUUCAAUAAUUGUUAUUCUUGUUAUUCAUUCAAAAUAUUUCCCCAAUUCUGAUUGGCUAAAAGCACACGCAUAAUUCACCAUAACCAGUUACUGAUGACCAAAUUUGGAAGAAUUUUGUGUUUAAGGAGGAAAAGACGUCAAACAUGCAGCGUUCGUGCAGGUUAAGGCACCGUUAACCGAGAAGACCUGUGGACGAGGUUUAGUUGUUUUGAUUGUGGAAACAAAAAUGGCGGAUAUUUCACUCGUUUCAAGAGUAAGAACUAAGCGAAAUUAUAUCUAAAAACAUGGCAAGAACAGCAAGAAGACAACUCGAAGGGCGACAUCUGCUGUUUGGAGAAUAUUUGCGGAGUUGAACAACCCUAAACGUGCACUAUCGAAGAUGAACUUAACAUCAAUCUGAUCGAUGGAGGUAAGCAUGUUUUAGCUAUGUUUUUAAACUAGGAAUUAUUUUGAAUGAAUAAUAAAACAAUUAUUGAAUUCGGCUUUCGUAUCAUAUGAAGAAUUAUGGAGAUCUCGGAGGGUGUUAUCCGCCUCGGCCUACGGCCUCGACGGAUAACACCCUCCUCGAUCUCCAUAAUUGUUCAUAAGAUACUCAGCCUCAUUCAUUAAUUGUUAAAUUAUUAUUACAGGACUGUGAAGCUUUGGAACAACUUGGAAUCUUUCCUUAAUUUAAGCCCAUCUGUUCAAAUUUCUAAACGUUCCUUAAGGAGCCAGCUAUUAGAUAAUUUUGUAAAUACUUCUUUAAUAGUGAAAUUUAAAACAUUGCAAUUAGUAAUUAGCUAACAUGGUAAUUAGUAUUAGAUUAAGUGGUGUAAUUAGUUAUUAUAAAUAAGGUAAUAUAAUCAUUGUUACUGAAAAGCUCCUUUGGGGAGGUUACAAUAAAGCAUGUAAGCAUGUACGCAUACAUGUAUAUUUACUCAGUCAACGGCGGCCCACGUUCUCUAACAGCCUCCGAGUUCUGCAUAGACUGCAUAGUUGUUCACAUCAUGCGAAACUGAGGCCGAAUUCCAAGUUUCUAAGCUUACCUCCACGCGACUUUAAUUCUUCUAAACUACGGCCUAUUUCUCGGCACGGUUUCAGGAUAUAAACAGAUAUAAAUGUUUUCUGCAGAUACUCCUCAAAAAGUAAUUAACAUUCAUCAAGCGAUAUGUUUUGCGUAUGUCUUGCGUUUCUACCUCGGAUAGUCAUGAACAUCACUUUAGUUCACAUGCGAAUAAACAGCUAGGUGGCCACGCUUGGAAACGAAGUUGAUCAAUGGUCUGUUGCCCAUGCAGCCUCAUUUCCAAUCAAAUAUACCAUCGAACAACCUCGUUUAUUGCUCACAUCUUCCAAAUGUGGUCAGUGUCCGUUGGGUAUCAAGAAUUAGCCCGGGGAUUGGAGCCAAUGAGAAGCGGCGAAAUAAUUUAAAUUUAUAACAAAAAAAGUGUUUGUUGCGGAAAUUACAACUCCUGUGCCCCUAAAGCAGGCGAUAACCUUUUGCCUAAAACGAUCCUACCAUCGUCAGUGGUACUUUGAUAUUAAUAGAAUGUUGUGUUGACACAGGGACGAAUUCCAGUGAAAUGGACAGCUUAUGAAGCACUUCUGUAUGGACUGUAUACUACAAAGAGUGAUGUGUGAGUUGAAACCAAAAGAUUCAAUUUUUGAUUUUCAACAUCUGAUGAACAAGCAAUUUUUAGUGAACUGAGAAUUUAACGAAAACGUGGUGAUUCGUAGCCGUAUCUCUAAGUAAUCUUAGCUGUAACUUUUCAUUGAUGCAGAUGUAUUUAAGUCUCUAACAACUAUUUUGUUUUGAUUUAGAUGGAGUUUUGGAGUUGUGCUUUAUGAGAUAUUCACCGUAGGUAAGAUAUGGUCAGAAACUACCUUCCCCCAAUGUAAUUUUCUCUCAAAAAUUUCGAAUACCAAAUGAUAGCAUGAAUCUAUUAUCACGAAUUGAAAAGGAAAGAAGACACUGGUUUCACAAGAACGUUUACUUUUACAACUCUGGAGUCAUUGCUUCAAAAUUACGAAAAAGUGCAGAAGAACCAAGAGUAUGAUACUUUGAAAAUUUCCUAUACUUUUACUUUAUUACCUGUGUUAUCUUGUUUGGCAAUUUUAAUUUUAACUCGCCUUCCUUGAGGUAUGAUGAAAACUACUCUGCUCGAACUCAGAACACAGUUACUACCGUUUUCAAAUUUUAACACAUAUUUUUGAGGUGGGUCACCUUAUCCAAGAACUGAAGGAAGGAAAAUGUAUUCGCUGCUCGCAGAGGGCUACAGAAUGCCAAAGCCAAGCCACGUAGAUGACACUUUGUAAGUCAAAACGAAACAAAACGAAACAAGCCUAGACAAAAUUAAAAGAAUCAGCGAUUGCAAUAUCAUAGGAGGCCUAGAUUCUCAUGGGCCACAGAGAUAAUUAUAAGCGGAAGAUGUGACUGUAAAGUGUAAGUGGAUUGUAGACGUCUUGUUUUCAACUACAUUUAAUUUUGGGUUUAAACAUUAGCCCUCGCACUUCCGACAGGUAUCCACCAUGUACCAUUUUAACCUUAAAUCUCAACGUUAACGUAAGUAACUAUACCAUUAACAUUCUAGCGAUGGGCGGUCCUAAGAUGUCUCGAUUAACCUGUUGCCAUAGGCCUUUUGCAUUAGUUGUUCACGUGAUCAGCUUUCGGUAAACAUGGACACACAGUUCGCUUUUGAAAAUUUCUGUUAGCACAAGCUGAAAGAGCAUAUUAAAAUUAGGUAACCUGUAAAUUUCCAGCCGUAUAUCUCAAAAAUAGCAUUUGCAACGGCCGCCGAAAAUUAGAAGGAUUUGAAUUGAGAAAAACAACUGCUGCCACCCAGUUAGGCUUGAAUGGUUUUCCAUACAGAUCCUCAGUUAUAAAUUUCGAAAUUUUCAAACUGUCGUUAAUGUUACGGGGCUCAAAUCUCAUUUUACUACGUAACAGGAAGUUUGAGACCUUAAAUGCGUAAAGGAAAGAUUUAACGACAGUUUAAAAAUUUCAGAAUUUACAAGGAGUUGUAUGGAAAACCAUUCAAGUGUGACUGGGUGGCGAAAGUGGUUUUUCUCAUACAAAUCCUUCUAAUUUUUGGCGGCAGUUGCAAUCGCUACUUUUGAGAUAUGGUACUAAAAUAUAACAGGUUUCCUUACUUUAAUAUGCUCUUUCAGCUCGUGCUAACAAAAUUUCUCGAAAACGAACUGUUUUCGUACUUAGCGAAAGUUGAUCACUCGAUCAUGACUAAUGCAAAAGGUCUAUUUCUCUCCAGUCUUAGCUUCAAGAGCAGUAGCACGGAAACAAUUUAGGACAAAAUGGCUAAAAAGCUUUCGUUAGCUGCUAGUGGAUUUCUUUGACUCGUUUAGGUUAUGGACUGCACUAAUGCUUUAAUAUUUAUCUUCAGGUACCAGAUUAUGCUCAGUUGCUGGCAAGAGAAUCCCGAUAAUCGUCCAACCUUCGAAUUGCUCGGACGUGAACUAAAGAAAAUGGAAAAUCAACACAAGGUAUAAGCAACACUAUCGCAAAAAAAGGCACGGUCCAGGGAAAAUAGAAAUUUGUGCCUUCGUACCUAAGGACCUUGGCUUGUAUUGUGUUUAGUCAAAUGUUUUGAUACAUGAUCACCUUUUUUGAGGGCCCACAUCAGUCUAUUUGCUUUCGAUGAUUACUUCGAGAUAUGCAGGGAUGUUCUAAAAUAUAUGUACCUUUCAUGUCACAAUGAUAUUACAAUCAAGUGUGGGAUAUUAAUACUAGUUAUAAAUGUCUUCUAUCAUAAAAUAUCCCACGAGUGACUUCAUGUUUCCUAGCCCUAGGCCAAACGUCGAACGUUUCAUGAGACGAACCAAACUCUAAUAUGGGUCAACCUAAACUAAGUUAAGAUCGUCUGUUGGGUCAGACGUCGAGCUUUGUAGGACGGGUCGAGCCAAUCAUCUGAAUCAGACCAAAAAGCAAAUUUAGCUAGCUGGUGAUGAUGUUUCUCCUGAAAGAGGCUAAAUAUACAUUAUCAUACAAAUUUUCAGCUAGGUUCCUCGCAGAGGAAAAUCGAGGUUUGUCCCAAAUGUAGUCUGUCUCUAACAAUGUCCAAAUGAUCGAUAGCGUGUUAAUGAAUAAAGUUCGUAUUCCUCUGUCUACUUUACCUGCAUCCUGAAGAAAAUAGCAAGACAGCUGUCGAAUGCUCCUGACGCGAUUUCAGUUAGGCUUUAUGUUUCGAAGUGCAGGUGUGUAUCCAUAUCGGUCUUCGCAACGUUAUUGUAAACUACUUUGUUUGUGUCGCUCUCGGUUAGAAAGUUCCCAAACUUGUUUGUCCGUUACAUUGUCCGUUUGAAUUCUUUUUGUAUUACUAUUUUAACUUUGACUUCUAAGAAGUCUGAAUGCUAGUUAAAACUCGUAUAGCGGAGCUCUCCAGUAGAGAGCCAUGGGUAAGAAAAUUUGAGUAUCCAAGCAUCCGAGAAAUUUUGGUGGUCACGUCACCGUCCGCACCACAGGGUAACCAAUGUAAAAAAAAACCUGUUUUGAUUUGUGUGGAGCCUGCAACCUGUGUUUAACUUGGUGAUAAACGUCGAUGUUAUGGUCAUCUUGGCCACCCGGACUUUUAGAGAGAAAAAACAACAACAAAGCCAAGUCUUUUUUGACUAAAUUAUAAUAUCUGAGCUGACAGAGAAAGAGCCAGAGCGAGAGAUAAAAAUCAAAGAAGUCGAAUUUCGUUAGAAACACAACAUGAAAAUCUUAAAGCGGUGGUGACAAUUAUGGUAAAAAUGAGCGGCAGUAAAUAAGAAAGCGAACAGGAACUUAAGCAACAAAAAUACGUAAAAAAAAACGUACGACAUUUCCUACAUAAAACGUGUAACUAGAAAGUUUCAAGCUGUGGUCGUGCAUAACAAAGUCAAAGAAAUGCACAAAAAAGUGUGCUACACAUGCAAAGUUGUUGUUGUUGUUGUUGUUGUUUUUGCACAUAACACGAUUAUAGUGAUUAUAUCCGCUCUAUAUUCGGCGGGAAAAUGUGGAAGCCGCAAGCAUUGCCUGGAUUUUUCAUGAAAUAUGACCCGUUUCAUAUCGCAGAAUAUGGAACGGAUUUCUAGUUUUCUGCAUGUUUGGCUGUAUUCGCAAUGGUGUGGGAUAGACCUCCUUGUCAUACAAUACUCAGUUAUCUUGAAAGUAAUGUUGGCCGCGUUAGUUUGUGGGUAAGUAACGAGCAUUUUACGUACUUUUCUUUUCUCGCAGAGGCUUAUCAACAUGAAUGACUACGACAAGAAGCUGUACGAAAAUGUGGAGGAUUUAAUGAUUUAG